GGUGUCGGUUUGCCGGUCGCGGUGAGCAGAAGAGCAAGCAGUCCGAAUGGUUUUGAAGUGCGCAGUUGCGCGUUUAAAGCGUAUGUGUGUGUGCGCGCGAACAAACUGGCGGCUCGGUUUUACAUGGUUUGAAUUGCGUGCGCAGAAAUGGUUUUGCCGCUGCUCACACACCACUACCACGCUAAAGGUGUGUACGCUUCGCGGUUGAUCCCGUGUGGUUGUCGCACUCUUUUUUCUUCCUUUCUCUCCCUUCCCCCGUCCGACCAAGGCCGCACAAACACGUUCUGCGAUCGAGCCCGACACAGGGCCAGCAAAAAGCCGAUCCCUAGGUUCGCGGAUCAGUCGAUAUUCGAAGGCUGGUGGUGUCGUGCGUGUGAGUGUCCACGGAAAUACUGCAACAGCGAUAUGGUGAAUGUAUAGUUAAGAACGAAAACACCAAAACAAUCUCAAGGUCUGGAGAGCAAACCCCCAAGACCCCCAACGGACGCGCCAAGCUGCUAAUUGUGAUUCCGAAUUCCUUCAGGGUCGAUUAGUUUCGAGUGUUUGAGUAAGAAGAAAACCUUCAAACGCCACCGUACCGGACUAAAUAUUCUUAACGGACAGCACCCGGCGGGGGUUGUCCAAUCUACGCAGGCAGGCAGGCUGCAAACCGCACAAGCAACACACAAGAGAGCCAAAUUUGCAGUGACAGCAGAGCAUCUUGUACUAAAUCACGCAACCAGGCACACGGCGGCGGGCCUUGAUUGCCAUUGUGUUCGCCUAAUCCACUGAAUGGGAAGCGUUGGACUGCAGUCCCUUUGAGUUCACAACGCGCGCGUCCUCGAGUGUAGAGUAAGAAGGGCGCAGCAGUUCAUCCGCAGACUUGUGUGAAGUGUAACGAAGAAAUACUCUCCGAUCCCCAGCGGUCGCAGUGAAGAAUGGCAACGAUGAUGAACGUAACCAGCAGCUUUCUGGACGAAACGCUCGUCUAUCUGUACCGGGAGAUGAAUCACUUCGUGCCGGAGUUUAUCGUCUCGUUCGGCUACGUGCCGUGGGUGUUUUCGCUGCUCGGUUCGGCACUGAUCGGACUGUCCGGCAUACUGCCGAUGUUUAUCAUCCCGGAUCCGGCCAAAGGUGGAAAGGAAUCGGAACUGAGUGAUCCGGCCGAAUCUAAGACCCUCAAACUGCUGCUCAGCUUCGCCGUGGGUGGCCUGCUGGGCGAUGUCUUUCUGCACCUGCUGCCGGAAACGUGGGAGCACGAGAUUGCGGCCGGACCGACGGCCGACGGACAUCCGUCCCUGCGCAGCGGCCUCUGGGUGUUGGGCGGUCUGCUGCUCUUCACGAUGGUGGAAAAGAUCUUUUCCGGCUAUGCAAACGUGGACGAAAAGAACCCGCAGCCAAAAUGUGUCGAAAUCGCCACCUGCCUGCUGCGCCGAAGUGGUGGCAAACUGCCCGAAGGGUUCGUUGGCUGCGGUGGCGAUGGGAAGGGUUCGUGCGAUAUCGAGGACGUACCGAACGGGUGCUUCCUGGCAGGAAACGGGGCCGGUGGUGAUACGGCACGUGACGAAGCGGGCCACAAGAAGGUGGCCGGAUAUCUGAAUCUGCUGGCCAAUUCGAUCGACAACUUUACGCACGGGCUGGCGGUGGCGGGUUCGUUCCUGGUCUCGCUACAGCACGGCCUACUGGCUACGUUUGCCAUUUUGUUGCACGAAAUUCCGCACGAAGUGGGCGACUUUGCGAUCCUGCUCCGGUCCGGAUUUAGCCGCUGGGAUGCGGCCAAGGCGCAGCUUCUAACCGCCGGGGCCGGUUUGCUCGGUGCGCUGGUGGCGAUCGGUGGUAGCGGUGCUACGACGGCGCUGGAGGCAAAAACCUCCUGGAUUGCACCGUUCACGGCCGGUGGCUUUCUGCACAUUGCACUCGUGACGGUGCUGCCGGAUCUGCUGGACGAGUCGAGCCCGUGGGAAUCGUUCAAGCAGUUUGCCGCCCUGCUGCUCGGCAUCGGAUUGAUGGCGUUCAUGACGAUUUAUCUGGAACAUUAGGGGUUUUUAUGGUAACAGUACAAGGUACAUUUAAAGGCUGGCUGGUUUCCGGCGGCAAGUACACAGAACACGGUGUGCGUGGUUCGUUUGUUGCGUUGCGCAUCGGAAACGGUACGUUUAUUUUUGUAUAGAUAUUUGUUAAACUGUCCCGUAACAAACAACUUAUACGCUACAAAAUCACACGCACGAUAUAAUGUGAUAGGUUAAGCUGACGAUUACUACAGUCUACCUACAACUGGUAGGGGAAAUAGACAACACCCUUUCCCUCCCACACUGAACGGUAACAAGCGAUGUAAAUAUAAAUCAUGAUGCAUUGAAAGGAAGCCCCAAGAGAGAACGAUUCUGAACCGUCUUUCAAAAUUAAGUUAGUUGCUAAUUGAGUAAGAUACGUAGAAUGGCAGGCGUGAUUGGAAAUUAUAGUUAAUAGCAGUAAGGAACAAAUAUAGGACUCCAUUACACGUGCGUGCGUGCGUGCAUAGGCUAGCAGGGACACGGUGUGAUCGAAUCACGAAGAAAUUAGACGAUGCCAUAUGUUACUAUAUUAUUGAUGUUGUCUUCCGAUUUCGGAGGAGCGUUUUCCGAUAAAAGUAAACAAUUACUUCAGCAAACUUUGCAAUACUUUGCCAUUUAUUCAAAAAUCACUCCUCUCACGCGCAACAAAACAGACUCAAUGAAUGGUAGUUAGACGGUGUGUGUGUCUAGCAAACUAGUCGGAUUUAUUUUUUACCGAACUACCAGUCCUCCCCUUCUGUGAAGCAAUUAUUACUGUAACGUGUAUCUGUAAAUUCCAACAUUUCUCAAUUUGUAUAAUGGAUGAAAUAUAGGAGUAAACACACUUCGCGCCCCGGGGAGAUUGAUUGUGAUAGAAUCUUUCGUGCGCGUGUACAUCACUUGAACUCAACGCGAAAGAUUAACGCUGUUGUGUUAGUAUGUAAACAAAAAGGUCAAAUAAAUUGCAUCUCAAUGUGAGAAAGUGUUUGAAA